AUGGGCUCUCUUUCGCUAUCCUCCUUUUACUCUCUCGAGUCUCUGCCAGUCGAGGACCGAGCUCUGUUUGACCGCUUUGGCCGCGGAGAGAUCGUUCCCCCUCCUUUUACUGUCGUCCACCAUGCAUUUGAGUCAAUAGCAUUGGAAAACCCCAACGUUAUUGCGGCUCGCCAUUUCGACGGCUCUAUGAUAACAUAUGGAGAUCUUGACCAUCAUGCCAAUAUCUUAGCCAACGAGUUGCAAACGCGGUUUGGUUUCAAGAGCGGAGCGCGAGCGGUCUUAGUCUAUUCACGGUCUAUCGAGAUGCUCAUCUUCAUUCUUGCUGUGCUCAAAGCAGGUGGACAGUAUAUUCCCAUCGACGGCGGCAUCAUUCCGGUAGAGACUCUCAGCCAUGUGGUCUCGGACUCGUCAGCAGAACUUGUCCUCUGCCUGCCCAAAUAUGCCGACAAGGCCACUAAAGCAUGUCGUCACGAAGCUCCUGUUGUCAGUCUUGACCUCGCAAGUGACAUAUGGACGUCUGGGAUUACUGGCAGUCCAAAUGUACACGUCCAGCCCCAGGAUGGAGCCUACAUCAUCUAUACCUCAGGCACCACCGGACGCCCAAAGGGGGUUGAGGUUACACACAGUAAUGUUUGUCAUACCUUGUUGGUUGAGCCUGCAAAGCUGGAUAUCACCAUCGGCAAGAAUGUGGCCCAGCAGUUGAACGUGGCGUUCGAUAUGUGCGCUUGGGAGAUAUUAGCAACACUCAUGAAUGGCGGAACUCUGCAUCUGAGAGGUAGUGGAAACGAACUCUGGACUGCAUGUCUAAAGCAAGUUGACAUUGUUAUCUCCACCCCGUCAGUGGCCAUCAAACGUUUCCCUCUUCAUGAGGACUUCCCCAACCUCAGGACAAUUGUCGUGGGCGGUGAGCCAUGCCCGAAACCUCUUGCAGAUCAUUGGGCACAGCACACGGGGACCAGAUUCAUCAAUAUUUGCGGCCCGACCGAGAUCACCAUUCUCAACACUGCCCACAUCCACAAGUUUGGUGGACCGUUGACCAUCGGCAAGCCUAAUCCCAACACAACGCUCUAUAUUCUGGAUGACAAUCAGAAUCCUGUCAAGAUCGGUGACCCUGGAGUCAUGUGGGUUGGGGGAGCUGGCGUAUCUAAGGGCUAUGUCAACUUGCCCGAGUUGAGUGCGGCCAGGUACAAGCUCGACAAGUUCACCAGAGAUGGAAGCAUGAUGUUUAAUACAGGCGACCUGGUGCGAUGGAAUGCGGACGGAUGUCUCGAGACUCUGGGUCGCCGAGACGAUCAGGUGAAAAUUAAUGGCUUCCGUGUUGAGCUAGACGGUGUCUCUCGCGCCAUCGAGUCUUGCGCAACCGUUGUCAAAGGAUGCGCACUCAAGAUCGACAGUACACUUUGGGGUUUUUACUCCGCGGCUGAAUCUAUUGAUGAGGCUGAAUUGCAAACUGGUGUUGUGAAUGGCAAGAUCGAUAAGCGUGUACUGCGGGACAUUGCCGCCGCCAUCGCCCACGGUGAUAACUCAGGGAUUCACACCCCUCGAUCGGGUGUCGCCAUUGUCAGAGAUGGUUCGACUCCGAGCGCCACGGAUCUCAAAAAGGCAUCCUUGCCGAGCAGCAGUAACUCUACUGACAGUGGCAAACCCGAGGUUCUUGAGCUGCCGCGUAAAAAGGGGUUUCAAGGCUGGCGCUGGCUGCGCCACACAGGCUUGUCAGCCUACCGCAAGCUGUUUGGCAUUAUUUUUAUCGCCAAUGCUGUUGCCUUUGUCCUUGUUCUGUGGCAGAGCCGAGAGUCCAGCUAUCAACUUCCUCUUGGCACCCUCGCCACGGCUGUCAGCGCAAACCUCCUAGCAUCUGUCUUGCUCCGGCAAGAUUAUGUUGUUAAUGUUCUUUUUUGGCUCGCCACGCGUAUGCCAACUUCUGCACCACUCUCUAUUCGCAGACACUUAGCUCGCGUCUAUCACUAUGGUGGUGUGCAUUCGGGAGCUUCUGUUGCUGCUUCUUUGUGGUGGGUAGUGUUCACCGUUUCAGCGAGCAUUCGCUUUGCACCAGCUAGCCCAACUCAGCCUCCUCAACGAAUUGCGGUCCUGGUGGUAACUUACCUGAUAUUUUUCCUGCUCCUGGCAAUCCUGAUCAUGGCUUACCCUUCUGUCCGUGCCAAGUUGCAUGACCAGUUUGAGUGGACGCAUCGUUUCGCCGGAUGGACGGCAUUGGCUCUGGUGUGGGCCCAUCUCAUUAUCGUCACAGCGGCCUUACCAAACACCCAGCCCUUGGCAACAGCCCUGUCCCAAACACCGGCUUUGUACCUUUUGGCUCUAACAACCCUCUCAAUUGCUGCUUCGUGGCUCCGCCUUCGUCGCGUCAAGGUUGCUGUUGAGCCUCUGUCGAGGCACGCAGUCCGUUUGCACUUUGAUUUCAAGACUCCACGGCAAUGUUCAUCAUUGGGAGUCCGCAUUACCGAUCGCCCCUUAGUGGAAUGGCACGCCUUUGCGGCUAUUCCCGAGCCGUAUGGGAAACCAGGAUUGUCUCUUCUCGUAUCCCGUGCUGGUGACUGGACUGAACGCAUCAUUGAAAACCCGCCGACGCAUCUUUGGACACGGGGCGAACCAACGUCAGGAGUGCUGGCCAUUGCACCCCUUUUCAAGAAAAUUGUUUUGGUUGCGACAGGAUCUGGGAUUGGACCCUGUCUCCCGGUCAUCAUGGAACGUAAAGUUCCUUGCCGGAUCUUGUGGAGCACCAAAAAUCCACUGAAAACCUACGGCCAGGGGAUAAUUGAUGAAGUGAAAAGGUGCGAUGAGACGGCUGUCGUGUGGGAUACUGACAACAUGGGAAGACCAGACUUGGUCCAGCUGGCAUGGGACUUGUAUCAGGAGAGUGGAGCCGAGUGUGUCUGUAUCAUCAGCAAUGCGAAGACUACGAAGAAAGUGGUGUACCAGUUGGAGACGAGAGGAAUUCCGGCUUUUGGACCAAUUUGGGAUUCGUGA